CCUUGAUUUGGUUGGUUGCCUCGAGUAGCGUUUGGACUUGGGCCGAUGGGUGCAAAAGGUCUUCUCCAGUCUGGCUCCUAAGAUGCAAAAAAUCUACCUAUAUAUCCAUGUCGCCGCCGCUCCUAGUGGCUCACUCACCACUCUUUGCCUCGACCAGUGGAGAUUUGUCGAGGAAUCUGUGCGCGUAGGCAAGUGAUUUCUAUGAGUGGAAAUUUCUCAAGAUAUCCGUGCGUGCAGCCCCCAAAUUGGAUCUGGAUUCACUAUCAUGGGGUUGUGGUACAGUGAUUGCUUGGUCACUAGAAGAUAAAAAAGGCAAGUUUUCUUUGUGAUGAAUUUCAAUUUAUGCUUCCUUCUUGUCAGUUUCUCAAGAUCGUACUGGUUAAUUGUUUAGGAUUGGAGAUCUGCCUCUCCUCCAUCUCUUCCCCCUGGUUCACUGCUGCUCCUAUUGUGACUCUCACCUCAUAGGCUUGGGCAGUUCCUCAGCAUCGUGAAGCUGGUCCAAUCCAAGUACCCAACGAAGUGGCACCCACCGGGCCACCCGCUUGGUCAUCGGGCUGUUGGAUCCACCUCGAGCACGCACGCAAGCAAUUUCUCUCUUUUCGUUGAUUUCACUCGAAUUGUCUUAGAAGGUCUGAAAAGUUAUGGAAUCCAUUGCUUCUCAUCUCAACCGUGCAGUUCCUACUAGAUCCGAGUUGCUUGGUUGUUUUUGAAGGUAAAAAAGGAUUGGAGAUUCGCCGUUCCUCCAUCUCCUCCCCUAGCAUCCUGCUGCUUCUAUUGUGGAUUUCAGCUCCCUCUCCACUAGGCUUCCUGCUGAAGAGCACCUCGCUGCGAUAAAAAAAAAAAAAAGCAUAAACCUCGCUGUCGAGCACCUCGCGUGCAAGCCGUCGCGUCCACCCGCCCGCCCCUCGCUGUCGAGCACCUUGCGUGCACGGCGAUGCCACCCACCACUGCGCACCGGCGCCGGCGGAGGCGCAGUCCCAGGCCCAGGCCCAGGCGCAUCCCCCGCUCCCCAGCGCAGCUUGUGGAAGACACCGUCGGCGAGAUCCUACUCCGCCUCCCGCCCAACGACCCCGCGAGCCUCGUCCGCGCCUCCGCCGUCUGCAAGACCUGGCGCCGCGCCCUCGCCGACCCCACCUUCCCUGCCCGCUACCGCGCGUUCCACCGGACGCCUCCCGUGCUUGGCAUCUUCUGGGGGGACGCGGUCUUGGUCCCCACCACGUCGUUCCGCCCGCCCGCCGCCGACCACAGCGACUGCAACGUGCUUGACUGCCGCCACGGCCGCGUGCUCCUCGAGAAUCCAUCCGGGGGCCUCUUCGUCUGGGACCCUAUCACUGGCGACCUGCGCCGCCUCCCGCCGGUGCCCGACAUCUUCUCUCUCGUCUGCAAUGGCGCGGUGCUCUGCGCCGCGGGCGCCCGCUGCGACCACCUCGCCUGCCACGGGGAUGCCUUCCUCGUGGCCUUAGUGGGCGCCGGCAUCGACGGGGUAGUGCAUGCUUGCCACUACUCGUCGGAGACCGGUGCGUGGAGCGCUCUCACCUUCGCCCUGAUCGAGUACAUUUACCUCCCGCCGGAUCACUCCAACACCACCUGCAUCACCGUCGACAAUGUGCCCGCCGCGCUCGUGGGGGACGCUCUCUACUUCAUCGGCGACUUCGGCAAUGAGAUCCUGCGGUACGACCUGGUCGGGGAAAACCUCGGCGUGGUCGACCCGCCGGACGUGGAGACCUGCUACGACGGCGUCGUUGUCAUGCCGGAGGAGAACGGCAGGCUGGGAUUCGCCUUCGUGAAAGCCAACAGCCUCCAUCUGUGGCUGAUGGAGACAGGCCCUGAUGGAUUCGGCCGAUGGGAAAAGCGCAGGGUCAUCGAUCUGGAGACGCUGUUCCCAGUGUUCAACCUCUCACCAUAUUUGACUGGUUUUGUGGAUGCAAUCAACUGCAUUGUUAUGACAACAGAUGAUGCAGUUUACACCAUUGAGCUCGAGUCAUUACUGACAAGGAAGGUGUGCAAGACGGAGAAGCCCUACUGUUGCUGUCUCUACACUAGUUUCUACAUUCCAACAUGUGCUAGUGGAGUACUUCCAGCAUCUGUGGCUAAUGGAGACUGAGUGAUCUUCCGUGAGUCAUUUGAGGACAUAACCAGGCAAAUCCAUCACUGUGCAGUGCUGAUGCUGUCCAGUGUUUUAUUUCCUACUGAGCAUUUGAACAAAUCUACCAUCCUGCAGAGCUGAGGCUUUCCAGUUUCCAGUACUUUGAUACUUAUUGAGAAAGUUUCAGUGAAGAAUAGUAUCAGUUAUCUUGGUCGACUAGCAUUCUUCAAAUCAAUUUUUUUUGUUUGUAUGAAUCAAAAACUAUGAUUCAGUUUAUUGCAGUCAUGAGUCUUUUUUCGGUCCGUGUGUGGUGCAACCACUAGGAACUAAAUAUGCAAUGCUUUGCUUGAAAACUGAAUUACUGCUGUUCAAUUUGGACAAGGUUCCAAAAUAUCAGUUCAUCA